GGCGAGCGAGGCUGGCGUCGCCGGCGCGGCCAUGCAGAGCGCCAAGUCGCACCUGCGGGCGCUCGAGUUCCUCGGCAGGAGGCCCGCCUACCAAGCCAGCCCGUGCUUCCAGGCGUGGGCCGCCUACGCCCCGCAGGCGCGCGCGGCGCGCCGCGAGGCUGGCCGCGCGCUGAAGGAGCUGCUGCGGUCUGGGGCGCCCGCGGAGCAGCUGGAGGAGGCCGCUGCUCGGGCCGAGGAGGCCGAGGCCGACCCGCAGGCGCUGGGCCUCGUGCGGAAGGUGGCCCAGAACCGCCGCGGCGCGCACGAGCACGCGCUGCGCGCGCUGCAGCUGCAGCGGCUGCACGAGCUGGACGCCGCCAGGUCGGCCGUGGAGGCUGCUGGUGGUCCCGUGGCCGACCUUCCGCUCCUUGACACGGCCAUUGUCGACUGCGAGGCAGACGAGGACAUGCUCGAGGAAUGGGACGUGAGCAUCUCGGUGGCGGUUAGCAGGUGCGCAAGAUGACCGACGAUCUGCGAUGCCUUGCUGCGUGCGGUUCGUGCAGCAGCUCGAAGACGAGGCGCGCGAGGACCGCAAGUGGGAGAGGAGC